AUGGAUGCCUGGAAUGAGACAAAUGUCCAGGAAUUCAUCCUGGAGGGGUUUUAUGCUGUCCAAAACCUGGAGAAAGUCCUUUUCCUGGUGUAUCUGCUGGCAUAUCUGGCCUCCAUCACAGGGAGCACACUCAUAAUCACUAUCACCUGGGCUGACCGUCACCUCCAGACGCCAAUGUACUUUUUCCUCAGCAGUUUCUCCUUUUUUGAAUGCUGUUUUAUAACCACUGUUAUUUCUAAAUUGCUGGCCAUCUUCCUGUCAGGAAAGCAGACAAUUUCCUUUGCUGCCUGCCUCGUGCAAGCCUUUGUCUUUCUUUUUCUGGGAGCAACUGUUUUCUUCCUUAUGGCUGUGUUAUCCCUAGACCGGUGCCUGGCCAUUUGCAGACCUCUGUACUACCCCACCUUUAUGAACCGAAGAAUGUGUUUCCGCCUGGUCACUGCCUGCUUAGCUUUGGGAUUCCUCCUCAUGAUAGUUCCAGUUGUAAUGCUUUCCCAGUUAUCUUUCUGUGGCCCUAACGUCAUCCCUCACUUCUUCUGUGAUUUUGGGCCCUUGACUAAUCUCUCUUGUUCUGACACCAGUUCUGUUGAAAUAUUGGCCUUCAGUCUGGCUUUGUUCAUCCUUUUGAUCCUCAUUACAACUAUCAUUGCAUACAGCCACAUAGUAGUCACAAUUGUUCAUCUCUCAUCAGCCAAGGAGCGACACAAGGCUUUCUCCACCUGCUCAUCUCACUGCAUGGUCCUCUCUCUGAUGUACAGCAGCUGUGUCUUUAUAUAUGUGAAACCAAAACAAACCACCAGGCUGGGCUGCAACAGGGAGGCUGCUCUUGUGAACACUGUAGUGACCCCAGUGCUGAACCCUGUCAUCUACAUGCUGCGGAACAAGCAGGUCCAUCAGGCUCUGAAGGAUGCUCUGUCCAGGGUGAAAUUGCAGAAAUAG